AUUAACAAAUAAAUUAAUAAUCUAAAUUUUAUUUAAAAAUGCUUUUAUCCACAAAGCUUGCUUCAUACCUCAUAAACAGAAGGAAGAAAAUAUUAUUAGGUUUCAUUAUAACGUCAUUUUUCAUUGUGACGUUUAAAACAGUUAAGAGGAAUCAAGAUCAUAUUUAUUCGCUCAUAAACAGUUUUAAAUCGAAAGAAGAUUUUAUUUUCGAUUUCUUCAAUCGAACUGAAAACGAUGACACGAAAGUUUUCUCACUGGACAAUUUUACUUCAUACUUCGAUGAUAUAUCCAACGAAUUGGAAAAGUAUGACUUGCCGCUUUGUCCAGAAAAACCUCCCGGACUAAAAGGCAAUCUUAAAAGGCCGUAUUAUUUGGAUUUUUCACCACCGACAUUAGAAAAAAUUUCUAUAGACAACCCAGAAUUGUCUAUCGGUGGGAGAUACGCUCCAAAGCACUGUCGUCCACGAUUCAAACUUGCUAUUAUCAUUCCCUUACGCGGGCGCAUACAUCAGCUCCGAGUACUCUUAGCGCAUAUGCACCCAAUAUGGCAGCGGCAGCAAUUGGAUUAUACUGUAUACAUUAUGUGGCAGAGCGGGGAGCAUCUGUUCAACAAGGCUAAACUACUGAAUGCUGGAUUUUUGGAGGCGAACAAGGAUCGAAAAUAUGAUUGCUAUGUUUUUCAUGAUGUCGAUAUGCUUCUGGAGAACGAUGAAUGUCUGUACUGGUGCCCAAGUGUUGACAAUCCUCGCAGUUUGUCCAUUUACGUUGACAAAUUUUUCCAUCGUUAUAAAACCUACCAACCGAAGUGUAUACCAAGUACUUUCCCAAGGAGCGAAAAUGUUCACUACUUUGGAGGAGUUGCCAUGGUUACAACAUCACAAUUCAUGUCCACUAACGGGUUUUCGAACAUUUACUGGGGUUGGGGCGGUGAAGAUGAUGACUUGUUCAUACGCUUAUGGAAUAAGGGCUACCGCCUCCAUAAUCCCCACGGAAGGAAUUGUUCAUAUCAUAUGAUUCUCCAUCAAACUGAAAAAUCGAAUGCAGAAAAUAAAGGGCAUUUUGCAUUGAUGGCGCACGCCAUCUCGCGGAUGAAGUACGAGGGAUUAAACACCCUAAGAUACAAACGCGUGUCAACCAAACGGGAAACGAUUUUCACGAAUAUAACCAUAGACGUCGGACAACCAAUCAAACAAUACGUUGACUUCAUGAUGUAUAACGCUACUGAGAACGAAAUAUGUCAUCGUUCAAUGCCGUGGUACUUCAAGCACUACAACUGAUAAACUUGAGGGCUUCAUUAUGCAAUAUUAAGUUUGCUGUGCAGUAUUUGGAGCAACUCUAGCUCUGACCCAAAGGACGGGUGUGCAACCUGAGGCCCGCGGGCCAAAUACGGCCCACUAGGGAAAAUUGAGCGGCCCGCGGAGAAGUGCCAAUCUGGUACGUGCGCUGCAAAGCCUCCAUUCAUCAUCUAUACCUAUGACGUUACAAUGCCCUAACAGCUAUCUUUUGAGAAGCGAACAACGCAUGCCAUAAGAUCACGAACAAGAAUUUUCUGGUACUCAUGUGGUAUGUGAAUCAAGAUGGCGGACACCGGAACGUAGUAUGUGUACCAGGUUAGGGUUAGGCUAUCAUUUCAGGUACAAAUACUACGAGAGUCACUUGGCUAGUCCCCGAACUCGUAAUAGAACUAAAAUAAAAAAAAUUAGAAUAAAACGAUGUCCUAACCCUAACCUUGUACACAUACUACGUUCCGGUGUCCGCCAUUUUGGUGCACAUACUACAGGAGCGCCAAAUUUUUGUGUGAGCACUUAAUAGAAAGACUUUGUCAAAAAAGGGGGCGUGGUUUUACCCAGUUGUUUAAAGGUCGCGCACCCCUACACUAGAAAGCCUAUGUUAAAUAAAGAAGCAGUCUGUGGUUUUACCCAGUUAUUUGUAUCUGGCCCCUUCUGUAUCAAAGGUUGUACACCCGUGCUCAAAUAUAUCGACACGAAAGUCGAAUGUCAUAUAUAUCCCCACGAAUAAAAUAAAACAACAAAACGGGAUUUUGCUGCAUCCCAGACAAAAUGAAGAAGAAAAUAUAAAAUGUUGAUACAAAAUGUCAUCAUUGGCGAUGGUAAAUGUCUCCGUGGAUUAGAAUAAAACAGAAUACUCGAUUGUUUUUCGAUGAAAAUAGCAAUGAAUAGUUGCUUUAAAACAGUGGCCCGCGGGCCAAUUACGGCCCUCGUAACGAUUUAAUAUGGCCCGCUGAACUUGAGUGAAAUAGUUCAGCUUUUUUUUCUGUUUGCGUUCUAGAUACCGCCAAUUGUUACGUCAUUUUAAUAGUCAAAAGCACGUGCAUCCUAAUAAUUCAAUGAUACCGGUAUCUUAUUAUACGUACCGGUACCGUCAUUGGCCUCUUGCCGGAACUGGCCCGCGAAUAUUCUUCCGCCUCUAAUUUUGCCCCCGGUCAAUCAACUUUGGGAAUCAUUGAAAUGUAAUCGCUCGAUGUAUAGUGGUUCCUUAAAAAACAUCAAAACUCAAUAAUUUGUUUCGAGAUUCGAGGUUAUUUAUGCAAGUAAAGCAUCCUUGAUCCAAUUUGCAAUUCUGGAAUAUACGAACACGACGGACGAACGUCAUGUAAAGUGUUCCCAUAUGCUCUUAAAAAGGGGCUUUCGUAGUAUGUGCACCAAGAUGGCGGACACCGCAACGUAGUAUGUGUAUCAGGUUAGGGUUAGGCCAUAACUUUAUUCCAAUUUCCCUUAUUUUAGUUCUAUUACGAGUUUAGGGACUAGCCAAGUAACUCCCGUAGUAUUUGUUCCUGAAAUUAUGGCCCAACUUGGUACACAUACUACGUUCUGAUGUCCGUCAUUUUGGUUCACAUACUACAUGAGUACCCCUUUUUGUGUCCCAGAAUAUGUGUUCAUAUUUUGUAAUGUUUAUUCAGUAUGCAGUAGCUGUAACAUUUUCAGUCGAAUACACAUAUGUGUUUUUGUUCAUUUUUGUGUGAUAUUAUAUUAUUAUACGAUCAUAAUGAGUAUUUGUUACGUUAUAUACAAAUUAUCAAACGUAUAAUAUGUUUUAUUUACAUGCAAUUACGUCACGGAAAACAAUGCAAUUUUUAGUUUUUUUCAUCUCUGCUUCGAAAUAAAUGUGAACUAUUUAAAAAUAGACAUAUAUGAAAAGAAACAAUUCUAUCAUGUAAA